AACUCACAUCAGCAAGAGCUCUUCUGCUUGGCUCGCUAAGAGUUAAAUAGAAUGAGCUCCACUUCCUAGAGAGGCAGAGUGAGCUUUAACCAACGAAGAGGUAGCGGUCCUUCCUGGCUGCGUCUCCUCCAGCUGCGGAAGAAUUGGGCGGAGGGAGCCGAGAGCAGGAGAUGCUCCUCCAGGGCAAUUCCCCUCCCGCCCCCAGAGGCUUGCAUAUACUGCAAGCCGUCGUGACUAGUAGCCUUUAAAAAAAAUACCGUUAUUUCUAAAGGGGGGGGGAUUACAAGCUUCCCAUCCACGAAAUUCUGCCACACCCGAGUAGUCGCUGAGAAUGUACUGCAACAUUUUGUUGCACGCGUGUCUUUUGUGGUUUAUGCGUUCGUUAUCCAGCUGCUGAUUUUGGUCGGAGAGCUUGAUGAUUUCAAAGCAGGUGUGCAGAAGGACCCCACUCCCUUGGGCCUGCCUGCUUUAUUGGAGGUUCUCUUUCCCCCAAUAUGAACUCGUCUGAAUUUCCACCCCCACUUCUUGCCCCGCACAUGGAAGCUUUCUGUCAGCUGCAGCUGGGAGCCCGGAAGUUUCCGCAGAGGACCAUUAAGCGCCGGCCGCCCUCGCCCGCCUUCUCCCCAUCCCCGAGGAGCCUCCCAGGUGGGUGAGUUCCGCGUGGGCUUGGGAGUGAGGGGGCGGCCCAAAACUCAAGAAAGAAAGAAAGAAAUCCUCUCCUCUUACUUCCAACUCCCCAUAACUUCUCCGACUGGGAAAAAAUGCCUUCCACGACUACGCAGAUGACUUUUUCUCCUUCCUUCUCUGUGCAAAGUUAAGAGGUUGUGCAAGACCAUUGGUGACACCUUCCAGAGAGUCUCCUUUUUAUUAUAAGAGAAGAAAUGGCUGAAAUGGAGCCAGCUCAGGCUCUAGUAUCCUUUGAGGAGGUGGCUGUGCAUUUCAUGAAAGAGGAGUGGGAUCUCCUGGAUCCGGGCCAAAGGACUCUGUACAAGGAAGUCAUGCUGGAGAAUUAUGGGAAUGUGGCCUCCCUAGAAGGAGAAGAAGAACCAGCUCUGAUGCCCAAACCUGACCUCAUCUGCUGGCUAGAAGAGCUAAAUAUUCUGCCCUUCAUGGAAGGAAACACAACUGCGGGAAGUGAGGAGCAGGAGACUGAAACUGAAGUAAGAAUUCUUGGCUGCCCCUUGUGCCCCCCGCAAAUCUGCUCCGGAGGGUUGGCAAAAGUCCCUGAGCAGAUCUGGAGGGCCCGUAGGGGAAGGAGAGGAAGGAGACGUUCCAUCAUGCAAGCAAAAAACCUCACGCCAGCCGGGCUUCGUUGGAUACAGCCUAAAUUGUUGACAGAAAGUGCCAAGCAUCCAGAGCCAGAAGAGGGUAGAAUGUACACAAGUGAAAAGCCAAUAGGACUUCUCUGGAUACAGCCUAACUUGUCAGCAGAAAGAGCCAAACGCCCUGAACCGGAAGAAAGCAUCUUUCGUUCCAGCUUCAUAGAUACCUGUGUAUUCCUGUGGCGCGAAGACACAUGAGGCCAUGAUGGAUGUCUGCAGAGGAGGGGGGGCAAGGAAGAAAUUGCCCCCCCUCCAUGAACCAUAAUCUCCAGAUUCCCAGCUUUCAUAAAAAAACAAAAAAUUUCAAAUAAAAUUACUUAAAGAAAAAAGAAGAAUACUGGGGUUCAACUGUAAGAAAAUUAAUGAAAAUAAAUCUUACCCCACUUGGGGAAGGAGGGGGAAUGAUCAAGAAGAAUGGAGAUGGAUGGAACACAGCCGAGUCACGUAAGGCACAGGGGUGGGGGCUGUAUGCAGGGGGGAGGCAUUGGCUUGGGGUUCACACCCUAAAAGAUCCCUGAUGCCAAACCUAGAUCCCUUAUUUUAGGGAGCUUUGGGGCGCUGUAUCUCUCUCCACUUCAGCUCCCAGUCUGUGUAUAAUGGAAAUUAGAAUAGGUCACCUCAGGGGUGGGAAACAUCUCUGGACCUCGGGAUGUUGGUUAACUCCAGCUCCCAGCGGUCAGCAUGGCCAAUGACCAGGUAUGGUAGGAUUUGGAGUCCAACAAUAUCAAGUGGAAAGGGUAAUGCUGCUGGGCUCAGGUCCUGCUACAAAAAACAAUGAUGUUUAGAUUUGCAUAUUAUUCCACACAUGUUUUGUGCGAUUACAUGCAUUUCUUGUGUUUUAUUGAUGUGAAGUUGGAUAUUGUUUGUUAAUAUUAUUGUCUGUAUAUAAAUAUUCUGUUGGCCAUUUGGGCUUUAAAAUUGUCCUUGUUUAGUUUUAUAUAUAUAUGGUACAGACAUACAUUUUAUGUAUUGAGCACCUUGACUUCAUUUUUAGCAAGGGGUUGGAUCAGGACUAGAUGGCCGCCCCCUCCCUCAGCUUCCUUCCAAUUCUAAAAUUUUGACUUUGCACUGUUUACCUUGUUGCAUGUUAUCCAGAGUGUUU